AAAGUGCGGAGAGAGAAAACCGAGCAGCACACAUUCCGCGGAGACGACAAGUAAAUACGUGUAAAACAGAUGACCAGCAAAUAAAUAAACAUUAAAUAUUUAAUACGUAUUUUGUAUUUCAUUUUUUGCACUUACAAAAUUAACAAAAGUUAAAAAUACACAGUCAUUUUCGUCGUCUUCUUAAUCUGUGAAAGGUUAAACAUUUCUUCGCCUUUGUUAUGAAAGAUCUUUAAGAAAAAUUGUGUAGUUCAAAGUUCAAGGUGCGGGCGACGCAAUCGAUAACAUGGAGAAUUUUAGCGAUGAGAAUCAACAAAAUAUGACGUUGCAGUCAACUUCUUCUUCACGACCAGAAGCGAGCUUGCCAAACCUUAUCCCAGACUCGACCGAGGUCAACGCUAACGAUCCCGUGUCGAACGUUUUAAGGAAUCCGUUGAUACUCGACGCCCUCUUCGACAACCUCAGGCUCCCCGACCUUAAAACGGCUCGCCUCGUUUGCCACGACUGGAACGACGUGGGCCUCACUUUACUAGGAAAACGGGCUCCUUUCCAUAUCAACAAAUUUUUCACCUGCACGGCGUCCAAGUACUCCGGCGUACCACCCGUUAACGAAAAACUGAUGCGACGCCUCCUCAUCUCACACAAGUUCCACCCGUCCUUCGGGUUGGUCAAGAGGAAGGCAGAACUUCUGACAAAGGCGCUCACCCAACUAACUCAAUUAACUCGUGAAAUUAAAUUCGUCAUCACGACGAAGGAAUAUGUCCCCGUUUUCAUUGAAGCAUUUAGGAUUCUGGGGUCCACAAAAAUCCAACACAUUAAUAUCUUCAAUAAUGUCAAAACACUUCGAGCCCAGGAUUAUCAACGCCUCACCCCGCAACCUGACUUGACCUCGCUCAAGUUGCAGACAUGGCAAGACUUUCGAUCUGCUACUGGUUGUCCGUCUCACCUCCAAAUCUGGAUCGAUGCUGCCCCCAAUUUGACCUCUUUAGACUUCAAGGGGUGUUUUUAUCCUCAUUUGGAGGGGUGCAAAAAUCUCACAGUUUUGAAAUUUGAAUUCUCGCCCCGCUAUGUGGAUAAAGAUGGCCUCAAUUUGCACAAUUUGAUCAAGAUGCUGGGACCAAAUCAAUAAAGAAAACUUUGUUGCGUCAUUUGGAGCACCGGUUUCCUGUUACCGAAGAUAUCGUAUGCGCAUGUUUGCUUGAUCCAGGCAUGAAGCGAUUAACAAUUAUUGAGACCUACCUUGCUGAAAAGAAUCAAUCGAAGCUCAAAUUCUUAAUACAAAUGUGCAAGUCAUAUUGGUGGGGUUCGUGGCGCUAUUGUUCAUAAAGAGCUCCAAUAGGGUGCAGAAAAUGGCGUCAAGGAUGAGCCAAAAACCAAAAAGAAGAAAAACUUUGUGGACAUCAAAAAUGAGUUGUUGAAAUUUCUGUCUAAGCAAAUUUAGUUUAUCCAAAUCGCCCCAAAUAUAAAACUCUUGAAUUUAUGAUGACGAUAAUAGGAGGUAUGGUGUAUACUAGACACUGAACGGUAAUUUCGGGUUACAUAUAUAAUAAAAUGAGGCGCCUGGUUGGAUGAAAAGUUUGCAUGGAAAAAGUGAGACGAAGAGAAAUGGAUUUCAUACGACCCUGACUCGAAAUGAUGAUGGAUACCCACCGCGAACCACUUUUCUCACUCUGUCUCACAUUCCCAUGCGAAAUAUGGAAAACGGUUUUGUGAAACACUUGACGUGGUAUUCAUCUUAAUCGAAAAGUAAACAUGCAACAGAUGGAAAUCAAACAAAUAAUUAAUUAACAUUUAAUACGUAUAAAUACGUAUAUAUGUACAUAUAAAAUUAUAAAUAUAAAAUUUUAUAUUUUGUGUUAUUGUAUACUUUUUGUACAGCAUAAAAACAACAAAAGUUAAGAACAUUGUCGUCAUUUUCCAAAUCUGUGGUUUACGUAAAUAAAUAUUUAGCUCACUAAAUAACUAAUAUUUUGAGUUUUUAUCGUCUCAUCAUUUUCCCAUCAUUUUCUCAUCAUUAGUAUUGAAAGGACGACGCAGUCGUCACAGUCACAAUUUUCGACAACGCAGAAUUUUAGCGACAAAAAUCCACACAGCAUGAAGUUACGGUCAAGUUCUUCGCGACAAGGGGAGAGGAGUGUCCCAAAUUUUAGUUUUCUUUGUUGGGAGAGUUUAGUCCGUUUAGUUCCAGCCCCGAAAAAAGUACGUGUCGCCGCUGACAAUGCAAUGUCGAAAGUUCUCAGGAAUCCGUUGAUCCUCGACGCCAUCUUCGCCAAGCUUGGCCUCCCCGAUCUGAAGACAUCUCGUCUCGUUUGUCACGACUGGGACGACGUCGCCGCCACCGAAUUAGGAAAACGGACUCUUUUCCACCUCAACGAAUUUUUUGCCUGCAAGGCGUCCGGCGCCCCCCCUGUCUUGAGGGAUUUUGAUAUCAGGAUCCUGGACUCCAUCUUCGCCAAUCUAAGCAUCCCCGAUCUGCACACGUCCCGUCUCGUUUGCCACGACUGGAACGACGUGGCCUCCACCUUUCUAGGAAAACAGGCUCCUUUCCACAUCAACGAACUUCCAGCCUGCAAGGCGUCCCAGUAUCCCGGCGUGCCCCCCGUCAACGACAAACUGUUGAGACGCCUCCUUAUUUCACUAGAUUUCCACCCGUCCUUCGGGUUAGUCAAGUGGAAGGCUGAGGUUCUCACGAAAGCGCUCACCCAACUGACACAACUAUCUCAAUUAACUCGUGAACUUAAGUUUGUCAUUACGACGAAGGACUAUGUCUCCGUUUUCAUUGAAGCAUUUAGGAUUCUGGGGUCCACAAAAAUCCAACAGAUUUGCAUUUUUAAUCAGGUCACAAAAAUCCCAGCCCAGGCGUAUCAACCACUCCCCACGCAACAUGACUUGACCUCCCUCAAGUUCAAAAUUAUGCCAGAAAUUCGACAUUAUAACGCCAUCGGCUGUCCGUCUUAUAUCCAAAUCUGGAUCGAUGCUGCCCCCAAUUUGACCUCUUUAGACUUCAGGGGGUGUUUCUAUCCUAAUUUAGAGGGGUGCAAAAAUCUCACAGUUUUGAAAUUUAGUUAUUUCACCAACUAUGCGGAUAGAGGUAGCCUCAAUUUGUGCAAGGUGACCAAGAUGCUGGGACAGGUUAAGGAUUCCUUAGUGGAGCUGGAAUUAUCCCAUAAUAUCGCUAUAUGUGCUUCAAAGGAGCCGGUAAAGAUUAUUCGUUAUUUGUUAGUUAAAAUAGUUUGCGCAUGGAAAAAAAGUGGCCGGGUUUCGUAAAAAUCAUAAGCGUAUUAAAAUGAUUUUCGAUGACAAAAUCUCGUAAGCGUCAAGUAUGUUAUUUGGUUAUUUUAGGAUAUGAAAAAAUAAUGAAUACCCUGAAUAUAAAUAUAUACAUGUGAGCACUUUGCAUAGGGUGUACUCGCGACAAACCCUAAUUUUGAACGGAUCGACGCAUUUCGCAAAUCAAGUUCAAAAAAUUCAAAUGCUUCAUAUAUAUACG